GCAUCACUCGCCAUUUUGAAGCAGGCAGCGUUACAUUUACGAUUGCAGCUGCGAUAUCAUUUACAUUUCACAUUCGAGAGAGAGAGAGAGAGCGGAAGACAAGAAAAGAGAACCAUGGCGGCAACAGCAAGCGCGUGGACGAAGCCAGGGGGGUGGGCUCUGGAUUCUGAGGAAAACGAGGCCGAUCUCCUCCAGCAGCACAAGAGCGAUGCGGCUGCCUCCAAGGGGGUCGAAACCUCCGAUUUUCCAUCUCUCGCCGCCGCCGCCGCCGCCACGAAAACUAAGAAGAAAAAGCCACAAACCCUGUCUCUUCAGGAAUUUGCGGGAUACCGCUCGGAGAAGUCCUACGCGGCUGACCAAAAGGGCUUGACGCCGGAUGAGCUUUUGGCUCUCCCCACCGGUCCGCGUCAGCGUUCCGCUGAGGAGCUGGAUCGUAAUAAGCUCGGCGGCGGGUUUAGAUCCUAUGGCGGAGGCAUGAGGGAUGAGCAACCAAGGCGUCAGGGAAGUUUCAAUCGGGAGUCCAAUCGCGAGUUUGCCCCUUCUAGGGCUGAUGAGAUCGAUAAUUGGGCGGCCGGGAAGAAGUCGCCGGGUAAUAAUGGAUUUGAGAGAAGGGACAGGGGUGGAAGAGGAGGUUUUUUCACGGAUUCGCAGUCCCGAGCGGACGAGGUUGAUAAUUGGGCAUCGAAUAAAAGCUUUGUUCCUGCGGAGCAUAAGAGAUAUGAAAAAAGAGGGAGCUUUGGAUCGGAUUCUAGUAACGGUGGUGCAGAUUCCAGUAAUUGGGGUAAGAGGAAGGAGGAGGAGGGGCGAAAAAUUGGCGGAUCCUUUGAUAGUUUGAGGGAGAGGAGAGGUGGCUUUGAAUCGAAUGGGGCAGAUUCUGACAAUUCGGGGUGGAAGAGAGAGGAGGGCAGCGUUGGGGGCAGGCCUCGAUUGAAUUUGCAGCCUAGAACUCUGCCGCUGAGUGAAGAGCAAAAGCUUGAGGUUUCCGGUGGGGCUAAACCCAAGGGAAGUAGUCCAUUUGGUGAGGCUAGGCCGAGGGAAGAGGUGUUGAAGGAGAAGGGUCAAGAUUGGAAGGAGAUCGAGGAAAAGCUGGAGUCUACCAAGAUUAAGGACGUUGCCAGUGAUGGGCCGGUGGAAGUUGCGAAGAAAACCUUUUGGAGUGGGAAUGGAAGAGACAGGUCUCGUGUCGAAGAGAGGACAGAAGGGGCUUGGAGGAAACCCGAGCCCACUGAUUCUUCUCCCCAAAGUGCCAUUGAAUCUGAAAACGGAACUCCUGCUGAGAAUGCUGUAAAUGGGCAUCCCGAAGAGUCUGAAGUCCAAGGUACUGUAUUUUGAUGAAGUGAAGAGGGCAGCUCUAGAUGAGGUCGUAAGAACCGUGUUGUUGAAGUUUUGAUGGUGGUAACCUGCGCAUGAUGUGAUGAGUUGAUGUGCUGAAUACUAAGAUUUUGUUUCCAUUUACCUUUCAGUUACACAUGUCGUUGCAAAUGCAUAAUAUAGAGCAAUUUUGAUAGACUUGCUGACUGAUGUUCUGUGGAGCCUUGGGAUUCUCUGAAUUUCUGUAUUGGUUUGGUGACUAUUUAUCUUAAUUUCACGUUUAGAGUCAA